GACUCACGAUAUUUAAGACCUAGUCUAGGAGCAGAUGGAACUGCCUGCCCGGCAGCAGCGGGAUAUUUGCUUCCCGGCAUCACUAGUUCACUACUGCACCACCACUACUGGCCCUGAAGACUGACUCUGCGGUCUUGUUCUGCGCGUGCCUCGCCGAUCUUUAGAAGUAGAAGGCGGCAGAGCGGCCUUCAUCGAUCUCUACCGUCAUCAUCCGUCUCCCAAGCGCGCUUCUCCCGUUCACCAUGGGAGCGCAGGGGGCAUCCUCUACCUUCCUCUUUCUUCCCUUCUACUCGCCGUCGCCUCCCAAGCCCACCGCCGUCCCCUUCUUACCCCAUAGGUCUUCUCUCCAUCUUCCUGCUGCUACCAUCUUACCUUUGUCUUUCAAGAGUAACUCUCCUCGUUUCGUCUCCGCCAAAAUAAUAGGUUCGUGUUCGUUUCCGCUGGAUGGAUCCGUUUUCAUGCGUCGAUCAUGUCUUCAGGCGGUUUCUGAUGACACGGCAGCAGCACCAGCACCAACAACAAGUUCAAAGGACGGAGAGCCAUCUGGUUCACAUUCUAAUGAUGUUGCAGAACUCGAGAAGGAGUUUAAUGAACAUGGUAAUAGCGAUAACGAGCAAGCUGAAUUUGGGGAGCAUGGAGAUUCCGAUUCUUCCGUCGACGAGAAGAUGAUUAGAGUAUGUGAUAAGCUAAUUGAAGUGUUCAUGGUUGACAAGCCCACUACAGCAGACUGGAGGAGAUUGCUAGCUUUCAGCAAGCAAUGGGAUGACAUCAGGCCUCAUUUUUAUCGCCGUUGUCAGUCGCGAGCAGAUGCUGAAAGCGAUUCGGACAUGAAACAUAAGCUAUACAGACUAGGGAGGAAGCUGAAAGAGGUGAAUGAUGACAUGCAAAGGCACAACGAGCUUCUUUCUCUAGUUAGACAGACGCCAUCAGAGAUAAAUGCGAUUGUUGCCAAGCGUCGGAAGGAUUUUACUGCAGAAUUUUUUGAGCAUAUGCACGUAGUUGCUGAAUCCUAUUACGAUAAUCUUGAAGAGCAAGAUGGGCUCAUCAACCUGCGGCUUACAUGCUUAGCUGCCGUACAAGCAUACGAUAAUGCAUCUGAAAGUGUUGAGGCUCUGGAUGCUGCUGAACUAAAGUUCAAAGAGAUCUUAAAUUCACCAUCUUUGGGUGAGGCAUGCAAAAAGAUUGAUGCUUUGGCUGAAAAAAACCAACUUGAUUCAGCAUUAGUAUUGAUGCUUACUAAAGCAUGGUCUACUGCCAAGGAGUCAACGAUGAUGAAGGAUGAGGUAAAAGAUGUAUUGUAUCACUUGUAUGUUACUGCAAGAGGGAACCUUCAGAGGCUUGUGCCAAAGGAAAUCAGAAUAUUAAAGUAUCUCCUUACAAUAGAAGACCCUAAACAGCAACUAUCUGCUUUAAAAGAUGCUUUUACUCCAGGAGAUGAACUUGAAGGAAACGAUGUAGACUGCCUCUACACAACCCCUGAUAAAUUGCAUACGUGGAUACGGACAGUAGUGGAUGCAUAUCAUUUCAGCAGAGAGGGCACUCUCAUCAGGGAGGCUAGGGAUUUGAUGAACCCAACGAUCAUGCAGAGACUAGAGCAACUGAAAAUUAUGGUUGAGAAAAACUUCAUGUAGAAGCAGCUCCACGUCUCAAUCAUAUAGAAGGUGCUAUUAUUUUCUGGUACAGAAUCAACAUCGGCAUGAAAAUGCAAGGAAAGGUGGAUUGGAGAACUCCAGGGGUCUUCAAAAGCUUGCGUUUAUCAUCUGAUCUACUGUUUGCGAAAGCGAUGGUCGGACUUGUCCAUUUGCUGAUCUCCCAUUUAUGCCAAUUCACCAGUGCAAUUUUCUCUUUUGCGCGAGCACAAUGCUUGAACUUGGAAACUUCUUGCUUUAACAUAACGUGAAAAUUAGUGAA